ACAGUGAGGGUUCAUUGUGUCCUGAUAUUCGUUGCUCAUUAGCUGAUGCAUUGGUAGCUGCAGUAUCUACUGAUCUUAAAGGAAACGUAUUAUUCCUGACAAGAAAGAGAAAAAAGAAAGAAGAGGAUCCAAUAUCAGUCCGUGAUGCAUUGAUCCAGUUCAUUGUUGAUGCUGAUCAUUCAGUGAGACUACAUCUUGCCAGAAACAUUACUGUUCUCUUUCCUGAGACUAACACUCCAUUGGAGCAUAUGAACAACUUUAAUGAUUUGAAAGACAUGCUUCGUAAAUCAACCUUAGUCAAAUCUAAUCUUGAUGAGCACAGUUCAGAGGAUGAGUCAGUCAAUCGUGUUGCUAGUAUGUUGUGUACACUCCAGUCUGUGGCUUGUUCUGCCAGAUCAUGUGAGUAUCAUGUGAUAUCUCUCCUUGUCACUAGCACUGGGCAGGGACACAUGAACAGUGACAUUGUUAAAAAGGUUAUAAGAAGGAUUUCAGAGUAUUUAGGGUAUGCUAAUGAGAUAUGUCUGCUUGAGGAGAUGUUAAGUUAUCUUGUGUCUCAAUGGAUGAAUGAAGGGACCAUUGAUGGGUUUCCAUACACUUUACUAUCACUUGAUAACAUUAAUGAGUUCUAUAGGAAGUAUUAUAGAUCAGUGGUUCCUCAUAUACUAGCUACUGAUCGUGAUUCAUUACAAUCAAUAUCUGAUGCCACUUUAUUAUCAAAAGAGGACCUCAUCAAGGAGUCUCUACCAGUCACAAUGGCUUCCAUAUUGAAAGCUAUGGCUCACAGCGACGGAGAUGAGGACUCAAAGAGACAAGCAAAGGACACAAACGAGUACAUACUCUCAGUCAUUUCAAAAGAGACACUGAACACUUCACUCAAACACUCACUCCCACUACUGGUUGUAGAGCUACUCACUCGACUGUAUGUACCGGCAAACUCUGAUUCAGCAUUAGCCCAAUAUUCAAAUGUCUGUGAUCCAGAGCCUAUUCCUCCUCAUCAUUCAUUGUCAGCUAUCAGUACUACACUCCAGUACCUUCCGUCUUGUUUCUCCUCCUCCACUGAUAGUUUCAUUUCAGUCCUAGCCAAACAAAAGGAAGCAUUACAGACUAUAGCCCUCCAUCUUAAUCUCAGAAUAUUCUCCACUCAUCGUGUCUUUGAGAGGAAGCGUCUCCUCAUUUCUUACUCGUACUUCUCUAGUCUCGUCUCUCGGGAGCUUACUAGCGGACUCCACGGCUCAUUGCCUUAUAUGGUCAUGGAUAUAAUCUAUAGCGUGGGGCGUGUCAUGCAUCACCAUGGCAACGAUGAGUCCAUAUCCUUGAUCUGUUGUGAUACAUUGACUAACGUUACCAAAGCAGCAAUAGAGAAGUGUCCAGAGGUGAUUGGUCGUCAUUGUCACAUGAUCAUUAAUACUUUAUUACCAUUAACUCAAUUACCUGAACCAAAGAAUAAACCAGCCAUAGCACUCCUUGAUUAUAUCAUCGAGAAUGGUCAGAUCCGGGCCCUGCAAGAUCACUUAAUAUUACUGGACCCCUUGCCUGGAGAGGGUCCUGUAAAGGAAGCCAGUUCCAGACUUGACAUAAUCAAAGCCUCAGUCAACGAGCAAAGCCUUUCAAGGGAGAUUAAUAGGUUUUGUAUGGUUCACUCUGGUAAUAGCAUUGCUAGUGAUUCAGUUCAAGGACUCAAGUCUCUACUUCAUUGUCUGAAGUCAUUUCACUCGGAGUUACAAAUAAAUAAUCCGGAUACGUCUAAUCUGAUAUUGGAGCUCAUUCACACGUUACUUAAUACUGCCAGACACUCACCUGAUUCCUCUUGUCAUGUGUCACAGUGUCUGGGGGAGAUUGGAUGCAUUGAAUUACAGUCAAUAUCGGCUCACGUUGUUACUAAUGGAGGGACCAGGGGAAGAGGUCCAGGUGGAGGGUAUGUCUUUAAACAAGAGAGAGAUAAGAUUGUUGCGAGUGUUCUUGAGUCACUCUCAGUAUUACUCUCUGAUGUAAGUAUCAGUGUAGUGAAGGCUAGUAGUCAUUGCUUAAGAGAUGUCCUAUCUACUAACAGUGGGGCUAGUGUGCUUCAAAAACUAGAGCAUUCAGUAUCACAGGAUGAUAAUCAAUGGUUUAAUGUAUUGGAGCCUUUCAAACAAAAUAAGAAAAAAUUGACUGAAAAUUUACUCACUUCUGUCUCUCGCCCCCUACAUAACUUCUCUUUGCUAUGGAAACCAUCACAAGACCAUUCUUCAUGGCUAAGAGAACUGGUUUGCAGUCUGAUAACGAGUGGGGGCGUGUCUGACGAGGUCCUCUCUCUUGUCAAACCAGUCUGUCAGGUUAAACUUAGUUUCUGUGAGAGUGUUUUUCCACUGGUGGUACACGAUAUACUGUCAUCAAACUCCGGGGAGAAGAGUAUAAUGGAGUCAUUAUCAAAACAAGUUGGUGAUUUCUUGACAGAGUCAGUCAGUAUGGAUCCUAUACCUCAUCAGUCAAUCAAUUCAGUUAUCAACAUUGUUAUGAGUCUUAGGAAAAUGCCAAGACUGAGGAAAGGAGGAACUGCCUGGGAAAAUAAUUUCUGGCUAGACCUCAACUUUCUAGACAUUGCCAAUGCAGCAUUCAAAUGCUGCUCUUACUUCACAUCACUCCUCUACAUUGAGAUAUGGUGCAACCAUCAGGGUUUUGAUGCAUCUAAUCUGACGGCUUACCCGGAAGUACAGGGUCUAUUGCUACAAGUGUAUUCACAGAUUGGGGAGCAUGACGGGUCCUAUGGGGCUCACCUUCUCUUCUCACCUAAAGAGGAAUUCACUCGGAAACUGGACGAGCACGAGGGGAGGUGGGAGGAGCUUUUGACUUACAGUAACUGGGAGGGAAUGCUUACUGGAAAGUGUAAUGAGCUACUGGAUAAAGGUUGUAAGAGUCUUGCCUAUUAUCACAUGUUGGAUGUGUAUAAGAAAGAAACCAGUGACAGUACCUCACAACAAUGCUAUACAGAGAAUAUAUGGAGACUCACACAAUGGAGGGACACUGAUGACAUGAAUUUAUUACAUGUAGGCACCACUGAUAAUUACCAUCCGUGUCUACAUAACUUGUUAUUAACAUUAAAACAUAAUAAGAAGGCUCAAUUUGAUGAGUUUAUCACUAAAGGAAGGGCUUCCAUUAUCAAUGAGAUGGUAUCCACUAGUCUGGAGAGUGUCUGUAAUAUCAAUCCUCAUCUCACUCGUCUCCAGACACUUAACGAACUCGAGUCAACUUUUCAACUUGUUCUUGAACCUGACCUUUCUCCUAGUGUGUUACUGAGUAAUUGGAAGGGAAAGCUAUCAAACAUGAGCACUGAUUUUGAGUUGGUUGAGUUGGUCCUCUCAGUUCGAUUCCAUGCCUUACUCUCUGUCCUGCCUUACUAUAAGAGGAGUGGUGGAGAGAAUGAGUCAUUGAUACAGUCGGGACUUCUUAAUGUGUUGUCAACUAAAGCUAGUCUAGCUAUUGAAGCACAGCAGUACCAGAUUGAUUCGUUGCUAGAGGAGGCUAAACUCUAUUGGUCUCAGGGUAAAGCUGAUAUUGCAAUGCUACUAAUGAAGGAUAUUCUUGAAAAGCUCGAGUGUCAUCAAGAAGGCGUGGCUUAUCCUACCGUACUUACCUUAUAUGGUAACUGGUUGUCUGAGACCCUCUCCGAGAGACCUCUAGUGAUAUUGGAAGAAUACCUGGAGAAGGCUGUUAGUCUGUUAGAGUCUCAACCAGUCAAUAAGGAUCAGUUGUUGCAUGCUUACUUGAGUCUAGCGAGAUACAGCGACAACCAGUUUAGGAGGAUAUCCGACCACAUGAACAGCCCCCUCUAUCAGGCAAAACAAAAACUACUGGACAGAGCCAAAACUGAUCUACAGAGUAUGAGUAAAGCUAAACCUGAUGGACGAUCCACUGAAUUCCCAAAGCAUUACCGUCAGUUAAGUAAGCUCAGUGAAGAGGAUGAACUGAUAAUUAGACAACACGAGCAAGAUCAAAGACAGUUUCUUAAUAAAUCAAUCAUUAAUUACUCGCUAUGCCUUAGCACUGGAGAGCAAUACAAUUUAAGAAUAUUUAGAUUAAUGUCGUUAUGGUUUACCAGUAGCACUGAUCCUCUUAUUAAUGAAUUGAUAAAGGAUUAUGUGUCUUCUCUUCCUAGUUACAAGUUAUUGCCAGUCAUAUACCAGCUGGCUGCCAGAAUGAGCUCAUUAAACUCCGAUCCUUUCCAGCAUAUACUACAAGAGAUGUUGUAUCGUUUAGGUAAAGACCAUCCUUAUCAUAGUCUAUAUGUCAUACUAGCAUUAUCCAAUGCUGGGAUCGAUAAUGAGUUCCCUCAGAAAGGCUACGUGACUGGUCAAAGACGCAGUAAUGGUGGGGCUAUGUCCAAUGGGACUAAACUGAGGAGGUCAGGAGGUGGAGCUGGUGGUAGAGGAGGAGGAGUAGGGCAGUGUGUUGUGGAUGAUGAGAAAGUGAAAGCUGCCCAGGACCUGCUCAGUCGGUUGAGAAGUGUCAAUGGUGAACUACUGAGGGACAUAUCCAGUCUCUGUGAGGCAUAUGUUGAUAUGGCCUAUCAUGAUGUCACUGCUCACAAAACCGAGAAAAAGCCUAUCAGGAUCCCACCCAAUUGUCCUCUCCUUAAGCUAAAGAAGAACAAGGUUCCUAUACCCACCCUUGAUCAUCCGAUUGAUCCAAGUGGAAGAUACAAAGACUCUAUGGUGACCAUAACAAGUUUUGAUGCUCAUUUCUCGUUAUGUGGGGGCGUAAAUCUACCUAAAGUUCUCUCGGCACUUUGUAGCGAUGGAAAGAGGAGGAGACAACUCAUCAAAGGGAGGGACGAUCUAAGACAAGACGCUGUCAUGCAACAGGUCUUUGGCCUCGUUAAUCAGCUACUGUGCAAGAAGCCCUCAACGGCCAAUAGGAAACUCCUUAUUAGGACUUAUAAGGUAGUACCAUUGUCACAGUGUUCUGGUAUUGUCCAGUGGUGUGAGGGCACUGUUCCUAUUGGUAUGUAUUUGGUCGGCCCACCAGAGAGUCCCUUGGAAGGAGCUCACGUCAGAUACAGACCAAAGGAUUGGAAAAACAACGAAUGUAGAGCAAAAUUUGCCCAAUCUUCAAAAGGCGAUAAGCUGACGGUUUAUAAUCAAAUAUGUAAGCAUUUCAAGCCCGUGUUCCACCAUUUCUUCAUGGAGUCGUUCCCCGACCCUGCACUGUGGUAUGAGAGGAGACUCACUUACACACGGUCCAUUGCUACUUCAUCUAUUGUUGGUUAUAUAAUGGGUCUUGGUGAUAGACAUGUACAGAAUAUACUCAUCGACAAGCAGUCAGCUGAACUAAUACACAUUGACCUUGGGGUUGCUUUUGAGCAGGGGCGUGCUCUCCCCACUCCUGAGGUAAUUCCUUUUAGAUUGACCCGUGACCUGGUGAGUGGUAUGGGUAUCACUGGUGUGGUGGGUGUGUUCCAGCGCUGCUGUGAGGAGACAAUGGAAGUGAUGAGGAGCUCUCACGAAGAACUGAGAACUAUUGUCGAAGUACUGCUACACGAUCCACUCUACAUAUGGACAAUAUCUAAUAAAAAGGCAAGACACAUUCAGAGCUCCACUGCUGUCGAGUGGGCAGGAGGAGACACAAGCGGAGCCAAUGAUGUCUCUAGUAAUAAUAAAAUGGCAGAGCGUGUCCUUAUUAGGCUACAGGAGAAGCUUGAAGGAGUGGAGAAUGGUGUCCAGCUAAGCGUCGGUGGCCAAGUCACUCACUUAAUUCAAGAGGCGAGGGAUUCCGUGAACCUUUCUUCAUUGUUUCAUGGCUGGCAGCCAUGGAUCUGAUAGAAAGUUUGUAUCAUUUUAUAUAAUAAUAUUAAAUAUAGUUGCUGCAUGAAAUUAUUUUGUGGCAUAGAUUAUGUAAGAGAUCUUUUUAUGUGAA